AUGUCCGACGAGGAAUAUAUCGAGAGCCCCGUCUUCGAGAAGCUUCCAGUCAAGGAGAACGGAGCACCGGCCGCCGACAGCGGGGCACUCUCCGGUGGCGUCGAUGGUGAAAAGGCGACCGCCGAGGCCGCUGACAAGGAGGAGGAGUCCGCCGCCGAUGGUGAGGAGCCCAAGAAGAAGAGCAUCGAAGCAGCUCCAUCUGCUGUUGAGAACGCCGAGGAGGCCGCCGUCGGUGACUCAGCAGAUGCUCCCGCCGUCGGGCCCGUGAAGCGGAAGUUGGACGAGGCCGCCGCUAUAGCCGAUGAGACCGGUGCCACGCCGGAAAAAAAAGCGAAGAUGGAGGAGGAAUGCACAAAGGACGAGGUGUAG